AUGGACAUUCAAGGAGUUGUUUCAGGAACUCAAUCAGGAACUUCCAUGUCUUUUCCUACUUUUCAUCAUCUUCAUCCUCUGUAUCUGUAUCCAUCAGAUUCACCUAGAUCAUUGAAUGUUGGGAUCUUACUUGCUGGAAGUGGUAACUAUACCUUAUGGAGUAAGGCUAUGGAGUUAGCUUUUCUUGGGAAGAAUAAGGUUGGAUUUAUCAAUGGAACAGUGAAGAAGAUGCAAUUCACAGAGGAUUUAACUCGACUUUGGGAUCGCUGUAAUGCAAUAGUUGUUUCGUGGAUAUUCUGCAAUGUAAGUAAAGAUCUUCACAGUGUAGUUAUUUAUUGUUCAGAUUCAUACUUGAUUUGGGAAGAUCUUAAGGAGAGACUGAAGGAUGUGUGGGAUGAGUAUGAUUCUAUAAUGCCUCCUCCUGCUUGUACAAGUUCUAGAUCUAAGGAAUUUUUUGAGCAAUCACAACAUCAGAGAAUGUUGCAAUUUCUUAUGGGGCUUAACGACAAUUAUAGUCAGGCUAGAAGCCAAAUCUUGUUGAUGCCACAACUUCCUAGGAUCAAUCAAGCUUAUGCUAUGGUUAAUCAAGAUGAAAGUCAAAAAAUGGUAGCCGGAUCAAGUAGAAUGAUGCCUGAUAUGGCUCCUACUGCAAUGUUUACUUCUAAGUCUGGUCUUAGCAGUCAUAAACCUAGAAGACCUUAUAAUCCUAAUGCUUUUGUGAUUUCUGCAAUAUAA